CUGUCCAUAAAAAUAAUCUGGCUCGAAUAUAGAAAUAAAAUCGACUUUUAAAAAGAUAAUGUAUAUUGCAUUUAAAUGGCUCCUUGGUCUUACGUUUACUAUGUGGCUUUUUGCCUGUACUAUUGAUAUUUACUUUAUUUCUUUGAAAGAAAACAACUACCUAGGUACCAAUGUUAAAGAUUUCGCAAAAUCGUGCAAGAAUUUAAGUGCGCCUAGUAAAGAACCUAAAAUGGAUUUAAAUAUAAACAUCCAAAAACAUAAGAAAAGCUGGUUUGGACUUUACCAUUAUUAUGCUAUACUUUGUGUCGUUGGUUUUAUCAUAUCUGCUGUUAAUAAAAGGAAGAAACUCAUUUUACUUGCAUCAUUAAGAAAAGAUUAUUUUAAAACGUCGUUUUUGAGUACUUUAAUCAAUACAGAUUAUUUAAAAAGAACUGCAAACGAAACUUAUUGCACUAUAUCGAAUCAUGUACUCGAAAUGCGCAGUGAUUUAGAAAGAGCAAUUCAAAAUUGGCAAGGUUAUAGAUAUUUCCAGAAACCUUUAAGCGACGAUAACGCAACAAAAGAAGUUUUACUUAAAAAGUUAAAAGAUCUUAGAGAAGAGAAAAAAAACUUAUCAUUACUCCUGGCAGCUGCUAUUUGCGAAAAUAGAAACAUUGUAGUUGGAUAUAGAUUGGAUUCUGGGACGAAAAAUCAACUGAUAUUGCAAACAAAGGACAAUGAUAGAAAAAGAAAAGAUUGCCAGUCGCAGUAUUUGAACUUCCAACAAUUAUACACCCUAACACACCAGGAAAAUAUUUAUUUACACUCUCAAGUAAAACAUUUGACGAAAAUGAAGGAAGUCGCCGAAAGGAAUCUGUUAAACUUGGUACACGAAAUUUGGCUAUCGAAGAAUGAGAAACUGAUAGCUUUUUGUAGUCGAUUUGUUGUGCAAACUAAAGACAAAAUAUUAAGUUCAGAUAUAAGAGCAGAAAUUAAUAAGUUUCUACAAUCUUCUAGUUUGAACGAAAAUGAGCGAUUUGGUCGAUCUGACAGGACUACUAAGAUUGAUGAUAAUUGUAAAUCAUUAGAGUUAAAGAAAAACUUAACUAUAUCGACUAGUGAGCCGAAACUCGUAGGCCUGCCUGGAGAACAUAUUUGGACUGUUAAAGAUAGAGAUGGUUUUAUUGAAAAACUUUAUGAAUAUGACUUUGAAAGUAACGGAAACACCAUCAGAAGAAUCAGAGAAUAUUCCGUUUAUCACGACAAAGAUUGUUUCUUUGAAAAUUUUAGUUCACGGACUAUAAUUAAGGACGACGGCUACAGCAGUGGUGCUAGUAGAUGUAAGGCGAAAUUGAACUGCAAUAGAAUACAAAAUCAACGGUUCUUGACUGGAUCUCAGGCGUUUCAAUUGUUUUUACAGAAUACACAAAAUUUUAUUAUUCCUGUUAAAACAUUUUAUGGACCUUCGAUAUCGUAUGGUUGA